GGCGUCAGGACUCCAUUAGAGCUGCAGCUGUUUGGAGAGAAACAACAACAAGAACGGGCGAACUGUCAGGGCCGCCGGAGUGACAGUCCGUCCACAGCCCGACCACGAGCCCUCAAACCUGGCAGCGCAACCUCCAUUUCCCACCCGGAGCUCCGCCGGCUUCUAACCACGGCCGCUCUCGGUGAGGAAACUCUGGCCUCCGCUUCCUCCUCCUCCGACUCGGACACCGGCGGAGCGUCGCCGCCCCCGCGGAAGAAGCACCGAGCCUCGGCGGCGGAGGGAGCAGGAGAGCCCGGGGCUUCAGCAGUUGUUACAGGCCUCUCUGGAGUUGCCCUAGGACUUGCUUCGCACUCUCAAGCCACCUCCGCCAUCCAGUUCAACCGUAGCGUCGUCAACAUCCUCAGCGGCAGCAUGCAGGCAAACGGGGCAGGACAGGGACAAGAAUCCUCGGAGCUUUCCUGCCUAAAUAGUGCACAAAACGGGGAGUCAUCCUCGGCCGGCGGAAGCCACUCCAACGGUCUCCUCUCCAGCACAGACAACGGGGACAGGGUCGGUACCAGUAACGGGUCCUCGAGCGGGCCCGGUUCGGGGACCUCGUCCGCCUCCACGACUUCGGCCUCGGAGGUCGGUUCGCUGAAGAAGAAGAAACGACUCUCGCAGGCGGAGGAAGAUGUCAUACGACUUAUAGGGCAACAUCUCCACGGGCUGGGGCUAAAUCAGACAGUGGACCUGCUGAUGCAGGAGUCAGGCUGCAGACUGGAACAUUCAUCGGCUACCAAGUUCCGCAACCAUGUCAUGGAGGGGGAAUGGGACAAGGCUGAGAAUGAUCUCAACGAGCUGAGAGCACUGAUGCAUUCUCCCAAUGCUAUUGUGCGUAUGAAGUUCCUGCUGCUGCAGCAGAAGUACCUGGAGUAUCUGGAGGAUGGCAAAGUCCUGGAGGCUCUGCAGGUGCUGCGGGGAGAGCUGACGCCUCUCAAGUACAACACAGAUCGCAUCCACGUUCUCAGCGGGUACCUGAUGUGUAGCCACGCUGAGGAUCUGAGGGCCAAGGCGGAGUGGGAGGGCAAAGGCACCGUAUCACGCUGCAGACUGCUGGACAAAUUACAAACGUACCUGCCACCGUCUGUGAUGCUGCCCCCACGGCGGCUGCAGACCCUGCUGCGGCAAGCGGUGGAGCUGCAGAGGGACCGCUGCCUGUAUCAUAACACCAAGAUGGACAGUAACCUGGACUCUGUCUCUCUCCUCCUCGAUCAUGUCUGCAGCAGGAAGCAGUUCCCUUGUUACACGCAGCAGAUUCUGACAGAGCACUGUAACGAGGUGUGGUUCUGCAAGUUUUCAAACGAUGGCACCAAACUAGCCACUGGCUCCAAAGAUACCACUGUCAUAUUAUGGCAAGUGGACCCGGAGAGCCACCAGUUGAAGUUGCUGCGAACCCUCGAAGGUCAUGCAUACGGCGUCUCCUACUUAGCCUGGAGUCCCGACGACACCUAUCUGAUCGCCUGUGGACCUGACGACUGCUCCGAGCUCUGGCUAUGGACUGUGCAGACGGGGGAGCUGCGGAACAAAAUAUCCCAGUCCCAUGAAGACAGUCUGACCAGCGUGGCCUGGAACCCCGAUGGCAAACGCUUCGUCACCGGGGGACAGAGGGGGCAGUUUUAUCAGUGUGACCUAGAUGGUAACUUGUUGGACUCCUGGGAGGGCGUAAGAGUACAGUGCCUGUGGUGCCUGAAUGAUGGCAGGACAGUGCUGGCGUCAGACACCCACCAGCGUAUCCGGGGUUACAACUUUGAGGACCUUACGGACAGAAACAUAGUUCAAGAGGACCACCCUAUUAUGUCUUUUACUGUUUCAAAGAAUGGAAGAUUAGCUUUGUUAAAUGUAGCAACUCAGGGAGUACACCUGUGGGACCUUCAGGACCGGGUACUGGUGAGGAAGUACCAAGGUGUGACCCAGGGCUUCUACACCAUCCACUCAUGCUUCGGAGGACACAAUGAAGCAUUCAUUGCAAGUGGCAGUGAAGACCACAAAGUGUACAUCUGGCACCGGCGUGGCGAGCUGCCCAUUGCUGAGCUAACAGGCCACACACGCACAGUAAACUGUGUGAGCUGGAACCCAGUCAUCCCCGGACUCAUUGCUUCCGCCUCAGACGACGGCACAGUGCGUAUUUGGGGUCCUGCGCCGUUCCACGACUCGCAAGAGGCGGACGGACUCAACGAGAACUGCAGUAACAUGGACAGUUGAUGGUCACUCAUGGAGCAAAUGACAUCUCUCUUUGACAACAAUCCAAGAAUCCCACAGUGAAACAAAAUCUAAACUGGCAAAUAAAAUCCAACAACAGAAAUGAAGUCAAGAAUAACACAACAAAAGCCACCAAGACAAAAGAGUAAACAAAAAGCGAGACAACUUGUCUCCUGACUGGCCUAGACAAAAUGGUGGAGGUGAUGACGGACACUCUGAAAUUUCAAGUCCUCAUCCAAAACUUGAUCUCUCCAGUCAAUGCCCAGCGGGAAUACGUCCGCCAUCCAGUGGCGAGUUGUGACAGGCUGUUCUCCUCCUCCAACUAACCCUCCUCCCCUCCCCUGUCUCGCUGCAUGGUCACCUGCCAUGCCAGUUCCUCACAGAGUUUCCCAGGAAACCCACCUCCACCUUGAGCUCGGCGCACAUCAAGUUCCUGUGACACCGCCUGACUGACACGGCAGACCCACCAUCUACCUAUUGGACUGCAUUUGUCUGCCUGUUUUGUCUCAAGUUACCUGUAAAAUGUCUCAAUGGACAUGGGUGGGAUGUUUUUGGGGCAGGAUGAUGCGUAGGGAGAUAUAGCAACACUUCUGUAUGUAUUUUUU